UCUAUAGUGUUCACAUAUCCAUCAAGCUAACUAAGAUUUUCAGGAAUUUCGUUCUGUGGUAGCGGAGAAGUGAAAAAGUUUUAAAGAGCAUCAAAUCAAAGUGCUCUAAACUAAUUUGGUUUUUGUUCAGCUUGUCAUGUACAAUUUACGCGCGUACACUUUUCUUCUCGCUUUAGGCACUUCCUGCUACGUUUCUGCUAGCACCAAGACAACCAGCAAUGACGAUGAUUUUCUGCAGGCCAUGAAUUUGGCAAACUCUCCCAAUAUCAACUCAAAGCCGUACACGCCCAUACAGGAACAACAAAAACAACAACAACGUCAACAACAUGAACAACAUCUUCAACACCCAAACAAACGGUCAUUGUUAACGCCAGAAGUAGCGACAGCGACAUUGAAAACACGUCAAAAACGUUCACAACAUGGUUUGGCCACUUCGGACGAGUACUUGAGAAAUAUGCCAACGUAUGCUUACAAUCUGGCAUUACUCAACAUUAUGCACAGCCUGAGGAAACAACUAUCCAACAUCGAGUUGGCGCGUUUACGUGCACGCCUUGGACGUAGUGCUGCAGCUGAUUUGCAAUUGUUCAAUGAAAUCUACAACAACGACAACAACAAUGCCGCUCUUUUCAAUGAAGAAUCUGCAGCGCUGUAUGGUGACGACUUGGGCAGCAGCAGCAGUAGCAGCGGUAAUGGUGGUGGUGUUGGCUUUGCAGCUGGUGCCAGUCUUAUUGGCACUGACACUGGCAAUGGUGGACUUGGAAUGCUCGGGGGCGUUGCUGAUGCAGGUGCCAAUGUUGGUGCCGGUAAUGGCAUGCUUGUCAAUGACAUUCAGGACCUUAGCAUGCCAUGGAAAUUUGUGGGGCGGGUCAGCAAAAAAUCCUCAGCACUGUAUAAACCGCGACUGGGCAAGCGUACGCAACAACAACAACAAACAGCAUGCAACUGAAAUGACAGCGGCAAGUGAGGGAGGAGGCACAACAUUUAGGUUGUGCGGAAACAUGGAGCAAAAUGUAUGAGUUUCAUUUACAGCAUUGUUUGUUUGGCCACCGUUUGUGACCAAGAGUAGCAAUUUUUAAAGUGGGCGAGUUGGUAUGUGGGUCAACGUUGACAACUUUGUCGAACAUGCACAUGCAUACACACGGGCGCACAUAUGGGCUGGGAAAAUUCAACUACAUGCACAACCGCAACUGCAAUUACAAUAACAAUACUUGUACAUGAAUGUGAAGGUACCCUUUAGGUUUAUUUAUAAAAAAAAUAUGUAUGGCCAUAAGAGGCAAAAAUGCCAAUUAAAAUGUAGUUGUAGUAUUCGGGAGGAAGUUAAUUAUUUGUUAAUAUUUUAGUAAUAAUUUAUAUACAUAAAUAUAUAUAUUUAAAUGUUAGCCGGUUUAAAAGUUGGAUAUUAUGCACUAAUGCAAUUUUAUAUAUGUCCCUAACCUAGACAAAAAUAUAAA